UCCAAGUUUCGUUUCUUUCCCACAAGGAGGGUUGCCUAUCGUUCAUCUGAAAAGCCUUAAAAUUAUUGAGUGUGAGAAAUUCGAGGUCCUUCCUGAUAACAUGCGCAAUCUCACAUCUCUUCAAAACUUGACUUUAAAGAGUUGCCCAGUAUCCUUUCCAGAAGAAGGUUUCCCCAUCAACCUGACUUCACUUUGUAUUGACAAGGUUGAGAUCUGUAACCCUCUGUUUAAUUGGGGUUUGCACAGGCUCACCUCUCUCAACAACCUCAGUAUUACAGGUCGAUGUCCUGGUAUGGUGUCCUUUCCACAGGAUGAGAUAGAUAUGGAGUUGCCUGCCUCUCUUGUCCAUCUUACCAUUGAAGGAUUCGAAGACCUGAAAUACCUUUCUAAGGGUUUCCAAAACCUCCCGUCAAUUGAACAUGUUAAGCUAAAAAGUUGCCCUAAGCUUGCCUCCUUUCCAGAGAAUGGUCUGCCUCCCUCUCUUUUGACAUUGUAUAUCUACAACUGCCCUCUACUUGAAGAAAGGUGCCUGAAGGGCAAAGAGCGAGAGUCGCUAGAAUUACUGCACAUUCCAAAAGUGGAAUUUUUUAAUAGUACACAGGGUAGAUUGGGAGCACGAAACAACAAAUGGCCUUCGACAGUACUUGGGAGGUAAUUUCUGUUGAUCAUUCUCCUGGUCUCCAUGACAAAAAUUUGAAGAGGAGCAUAUUCCAUUUUGUUGCAGUAUCCCUUAAUACUGAAAAAUUGGGAAAUCAUGACUUAUUUACCCAAUCAAACUUAGAUUCUGAGUUGCACUUAUUUUGAUAAAUCUACUUGUAUUAUCCGUUACUGCUUCGCUCAAAUUGUAAAAAUUACAAGAUGUCAACUUGUAGUAUCUGUUGCUUACUACUACUAUACCAACUUAACCAUUACACUUCUUGCUAUGCAA